AUGGAAUUCUGUUCUUUUUUGAUGCUUGCAAAGAUAGGAUUUCAUGAAGGCUUGCUUUCCAGUGAGCAAGGUGCCUACAUUGCAGAGUCUAUCGCUGCUAAGAACAUGAAACAAGCGAAGAGCCGUUUUCGGAUGUAUGAGGAUGCCACAGAUCAUGGUGGUUCUAAUCAUUCUGCAAAAGUAGAGCCAGCCAAUGGUUGUACAGGUGAAAGGGAAACUGGGAAGUCUGCAAAGAAACUUGAUAAAGGAAGGACUGCAAAAGAGGAGGCAUCCAAACGUGAGAAGUAUAGCCGAUCAGCUUUAAAUACAAUAUUUUACCAUUAUAGCCGCCAGGCUCGACUCCGUGCGGCUAUACUCUUUAAUAUUAUUCGAACGAACACGAAGCUUGCACUCGCAGUGGACGGAACUUCUCUCGCAGUCACUGUUUCGUCCUCCGGGUUCGGCGCCGAAAAAAGACCCAACCUGCCUAGGCGCCCGCCUAGCUACUACCUAGCCGCCUAG